AUGUUAGAAAAAAAGUUUGCUGACAUUGACAAGAAAUUUGAGAAUGUUUUGAAGAAGAACAAGAGGAAGUUGGAAAAUGCUCAGAUAAAACCCAUACAUGACAAGUUCUUAUUUGCUCAGAAUGGUAUAACAGGUCUAAUUGCACCACCUGGGUCGGGUAAGACUUUCACUUAUCUUAAAAUGGCUGCACAACAACAAGAACUAGAUGAGAAGAACCCAUUCUAUGAGUUAGUUGUUAUUUGUAGUACAUCUGGUCAAUUUGACCAAACCGUCAAUUCGUUCAAAAAUAUUAUAAAGAAGUCUAAGUUAGUAUGUAUAAAAGACUCUGAGUUGUUAGAUUGGAUAAAGAAGUACCAAAGAAGAGUUUUGAAGUAUAAUGCUAUAAAUGAGUAUAUAAAUUCGAAGUUUAAAGACCCAAAUGAGGAAAUGCAGAGAAUAUUAGAGAAGAAACACUUCAGAAACAAACAGAAAGAGAUAGAAUACAUUUCGAAGAAAUUGCAAUCUUACGAUUGGAAGACUUACCCUCAUAGAUGUCUUCUUAUCUUAGAUGACUUUGCUUCUCAUCCUUUGUUAAAGAACAGAGAACAAGACAU